GCGGUGACGUCAGCAGGAUGUAAAUACACCGCCUCGCGGCCCGAUCGGUCUUUUUCCUCCCCUGUGCUGUUCGGGCGGCAAGCCUACACUCUGUCUCUGGAAGAAAUAACACCGAAGCAGCAAAAAUGAUCAUCUACAGGUGCAUCAUCUGCAAUGAUGAGAUGUUCUCAGACGCCUUCAAAAUCAAAGAGCAUCCAAGCGGGAUCUUCUAUGAAGUUGAAGGAAAGACCGUCACCAGGACAGAAGGGUUUGAUGAUUCUUUAAUUUCUGCCAACGCCUCAGCAGAGGAAGUGUCUGAGGGCACAGACUCUGCCUCCAUCUCUGGCGUAGACAUCGUCCUCAACCACAAACUGCAGGAGACGGCCUUCGACAAGAAGCAGUACAUGACUUACAUGAAAGAAUACGUGAAGGCCAUUAAGGCCAAGCUGCAAGAGGACAAUCCAGAGAGAGUGGAUGGCUUCGUGGCUGAUGUCACACCAGAAGUUAAGAAGAUCUUGGCAAACAUCAAGAAUUACCAGUUCUUCACAGGAGAGUCCAUGAACCCAGAGGGCAUGGUGGGACUGCUGGACUACCGUGAGGACGGCAUCACACCAUACAUGCUUUUCUUCAAAGAUGGUCUGCUGGUUGAGAAAUGCUAACUACCUGGAACGACAUCUGCUUUUCAAUUGGCUGCUGCUUCCCAAAAGGCCCCAAGAGCAGACUAAAGGAGCACUAUACUUAUUUUUUUGCAUCAUGCCUGAUCAGAAACAUUCUUGUACAACUUCUUAUAUAGUCACAUUACGGCACACAGCACCACUCCAAGGCUGGGUGAAUCAAACAGUAUUGGUCACUGAAUACAGUUUUUAACUUUUUUCUUUUUGGCUUUUGCAGUGUUUGAUUUUUAUCCUGGGAAUUGGCCCCGUUUUUUGUGAUUAAAAGUAGAAGGCGGGACAGUGAGUGGAGCUCUGACUCUGAAUGAGUUUUUCAUGCCUGAAUACUGUUCUGCAAUGAUCUAUACAGGUUGACCUCCUCAGACCUCUUUGUGUUUAUGGUUGCAUUAAAUAAGAUUCCAUCUACAAUGAAAAGACUGGUUUAAUUUGAAAAUAAAAUCUAGUACCACCA